AUACACUCAUCCGUAUAUAGUUAUUGAUUGACACAAACAGCUAUUUUUAUCAUAGCAUACACAUACCCAGGUGAAGGACAAGCACACACACACACACACCAGCAUGGCUCUGUUGUAUCACGUGACCUAGGCAAACACUACUUUUCAGUGCCAGACGACGAUCGUCAAUAAUACAAGUAUUUUUACAUCAUAAUUAUUGUAGGUUCGACUUCCAGCUAUCAUUCAAGUUUUUAUUUUAGCCCUAGAAAACAAUAUUAAAAGAACCACAGGAUGAAAUAAAACAAGAGAUAAACAAACACAUUGACUCCACAGGAAGAUGAAGGCUUCAUGUUGUAAUGCAAACUUUAACAAGUGUUGGUUACGCAUUAUUUUCACUAUCACCUGAAUUUCCACAGAUCGCUGGGCGGUGGCCAGCACUAUUCAUAGACAACAAACAACGUCUAGCUUGUAAACAAUCAGUGAACACUAGUACUAUUACAGCAACACCAUAAUUAAUUGGUUAAUAGUCAUCACGGUCCGUAGGUUACACCCAAGGCAUGAACUUAGUCAAAUGAUUACCACACGAUCAUAACAAAGUUUUGGUUCGUUGGUUUGAUGGAGGUUAUGACCGUAUGUAGACGGUAUGAAAGUUUGAAAACAGUGUAAUAAACAGCUCACACACUCACACAAAAAACUUACUGAGGCCAAAACUACCAGUAUAGUACAUGUGUUCUUUAUAUAUAAUCAGUAGGCACGUUUACUGAUAGUUGAUAAGUGACUAGCGUUGUCCAGGCUCCACGUCAAACAACCAUUAUCAACACCUCACCUCGACAAAAGAGAUUGUAACGAGCUUCUAAUAUAUCGAGCCUGAAGUUACGAUAAUCAAGUGGGAGGACCAUCUUGUCCUCUCUGACCAAAUAUGAAGUCAUUUGCUGAUCAAUUUUCGUCGUUUAAGAAUCGCUACAGAGACUCGAACGUAGUCUCGAUCCCUCCUUACACCUCUCUUGGCGUUGGUGCUAUGAGUGUGUACAAGUCAACGGUUUUACCAAUUUGUUCCCCGGCUGCAGCUGCUGCUUGUUGUGAAGAGUUUACCGACCACAGUCCCACAGACUUACAGACUGGCGACAGUGUCGUCGCCAUACUUAACACCGACACUUCGAAUAAUAACUCUGCUAAUAACAAUAUCGUCGGCAGUCCGAGCAGUGACAGCGAUAAUAGAAGCUGUCCAAGUUCCACAAUGGGUCAGAUACAAACCUCACGAAGUUUCCAAAGAAAUAAUAAUAGUUUCAACAACGACAACAAUAACAAUGACAACAUCAACAGUGUAACUUCUGUUGUCAGCGACACUGUUGAGAAGCAUGGCUUGGACUACAACUUACCAUCAUCAACACCAAUUUUACCAAACCAUCGAAACAUAUCAGCUCAGGGAGCGAGCUCUAUUCAACCGAAACAACUAUAUGCAGGAGAAUCUUCUGUGGAUAACGAUAAUGCUAGCAGAGUGUCACCAGAACAAAGCAUGGAGAAAGAAUUUGGACUGGAUAAAAAUAUAAAUGUUGUGAAACCUAGUAGUUCCAAAGUGUAUUUACUAGAUAGAAGCAAAGUGCAAUAUGCUGAAGGAGACUUAGAUUCUGCAGAAGAAGUCAUGGAAGAUUCCAAAUUGAGCAAUGAUGCAAAGAACAUUGAUUCUUCAACCCCUGUUAGUCCAAGUUCCACAAGAACUAAGAACAGUAGAAGUGUUAGUCAGAGUUCUAUAGAUUCCUUGGACAAACAAAGGGUAAAUAUUUCUUACACCGAGGAUGGAGAAUUUUAUACUUCAGCUUAUUCCAAUAUUCCAGUACAGGUACCAAUUAUCGGAUAUGAAACUAUGGAACAACGUGCAAGAUUUACCGUAUUUAAACUGCAAGUUAUCCAUUCACCUCAUGACUCCUGGUUUGUUUUUCGCCGUUACACAGAUUUUGUUCAGUUAUCAGAUAAGAUUAUUCAACUUCAGCUGAAAAAUAUAUCUCCUACAUUUUUAAUACCUCUUCCACCAAAACGAUGGUUUGGAGACAACUUUGAUCGUCACUUCCUUGAAGACAGACAACGAGGUUUACAGGAUUUCAUCAACAAAAUUCUUAGGAAUAAAAUCCUUUGUGAAUGUGCACCUGUCAGAGAAUUCUUUUGUUUUGACGACCCUCCUGGGCCACAUGACAGUCUUGAAGAAAGCCGGGCCUUGUGCGAGUCUCUUGAAGAGCAAACGUACAACCUAAAAAAGGAACUAAAAGAUAAGGAGCACGAGAUUGAUUUACUAAAAGCUGAGUUGAAUUUGUGUAAAUCACAAAUUGAAGACUUAAAGAAAUUUGAUAAGCUACACAUAAAUAGUAAAUCUUGUGACUUUGAGUUAACUCCCCCCAGUCGACCCGAUAGCAGCAGUAACCAUUUUCUGAAUGAAUGUCCAGAAGUUGACCAGAAUAGUUUUGAGGAACCAGUUGAGUCAAACAACCAAUGACUAUCAGCUCCUAUACCUACUACAUGAUUCUCAAUUAUGGUUGUGCCAAAUUUUGCAAAUAAAACCUAGACUUUUUUUGUUGAUUAGUGAGAUUUCCUCUUUUUCCCACUGAUCUCAUUUGCAUAAUUUCUUUGUUGGUGGCAUCACAAACUUUUGUCAGCUGUAAGUCAUUUUCGACUUAGUUGUACCUUACAUACCUUCAUGAAAACCACCACUGUUCUUCCGCUGCUGCCAGAGAUUGACUUUCGCUUUGCUGCCUUCUAUAGAUGCAGCUUUUGGGGCUUAACACACGAAUCUUUUCCUAUUGGAAUAAAUUUUUCUUUAUUGGAAAAUAUCUUUAGAACUGAAUAUAAACUACAAGCUAACUUUUCUCACAAGAAAACGUAACUUGUUUUAUCCACAAUUACAAACAAUUAAGCACCAGUUAAUACGCAAGGGAGUUAACUCUGAUAAACCUUCACCUCUUUACUCAAUUCUCUUCCUUCAGAAAUCAGCUGUCUGAAAUGCACAAGCUAAUUACAUUGUUGCCAUCCUUAAAACUUUAUUGUGUAUAAGCUAUUUUUUUUUGUUAGUUUAUAGAAAAAAAAUAAUGAAUUUUGACGAAAACUUUUCUGUGAAACUAAGCCGAUACUUUACCUUGUAAAAUGUGUCUUUCAUGCAGAGAAACUGCACUUGUUUUUAUAUUACAUAGGUAAAUUUGCUUGCUUCUCAGAGCAGUUUCAAGAAUGCUAAGGACAAAUAAGAACUACAAAACAUCUAAUUAAAACAAUAAUGUAAUAUAUUUUUUUUCAAAACUGUCCUAGUGGAGAGCAUGUGAUAGAAGGAAGAGAAAAAACUGGGUUGAAAGAGGCAGCAUAUAUGUGACACAUAUAUGCAUGCAUAUGUGACAUAUAUAUGCAUGCAUAUAUGUGACAUAUAUAUGCAUGCAUAUAUGUAUACAUACACAUAAACACACAUGAGUUUGAAGCUCUGUGAUACAGUUUCUAUUAUAGAUUAUUUAAUAACUACUUUAAAAAUAUUUCACCGGCUUUAUUUUGAAAACUGCUAUUUUGGGUGAAAUUCUUCACAAAUCUAAAGAAUUUGGCAAUUAAUGGCUAUGGGUUUUACCUUCCAUAUAAAGUAUUACCAAAUAAGUAUUAAUUAAAAAAUAUUAACCUGUUUUCAUUAUUUUUAAUUUUAUCAAAUCUCAAUGAAAGAUAUUUAUAUUUUGAAAUUAACACUGAUAUUAAAAAAAAGCUAAACAUUCUCAAUAUGGUAUCAUACCAUUUUAUAUUUCUUUUGCAGUGAUAUAUACAACUUGAUUACAUUCAUAGAUAAGGUUUGAGAGAAAAAAAACGCAAACAACAACAAAAAUUUCAUGUAUUUCUUUUCUUUCUUAAUA